GAAUGCGAGCCUGAGCCAAUGAUUGGAGACAAACCCCCUCCUCCCCCACCCCCGAGUUUAUAUGUACCUGGAAAGGGUCAGGAAGCCAGACAGAUGCACUGCAUCCGAGGAGAGCGGCAUUCACUGGAAGGAGGUCAGCCUCUCAUUCAAUCUCUCUCGUAAAAGAAACCAGGACAAAAUACAUCUCUUAAAGCUACAGCAUUGUCACAAGCUGCUCGGAAAGAUGUUAGGACCGGGCACUUAGGAAUGUCAAGGAGGUCACUAAUUCUGCCCGCUUCAUGAGUCCCAACGAGACAGAACGAGAGAGACGGGAGAUGAAACUUCUGCUGAUCAUUCUUUUGCCUCAGUUUGCUCUCAGUCUAGCUACAAGAUGUUCCGAUGUUGCUGGGACAAUGAAGCAGAUCGACGCAGGGAUUGGAAUGGUGUUUGGAGUGAAUACGACAGGAGCUGUCUACACCAGGCUCGGAGAUUCCUGGGUCAAGAUCCCUGGAUCCCUCAAGCACGUCACUGUGGGACCGGCAGGAAUCUGGGGCGUUGACCCGUACAAAAAAGUCUUCCGCUUUAUUGGGGGCACCUGGAUCUCCAUAUUCAACGGUGAACUGACACAGCUCGAUGCUGGCGGUGACCAGUUUGUAGCCGGCGUGGACCAGUUCGGAGCCACAUUCUGCAUCAACAAGCGAGAUGUAGAGGGAGCCGUCGCCAACCGCUCCAUCACUUUCAGCAGCGUCGGUAGCCGCAUGAGGUACUAUUCGUGCGGGCCCCUGGGCUGCUGGGGGGUGACUCUAGCCAAAGAUGUCUACCACCGGCUCAACGUCAAGCCCACCGCCUGCAUUGGCACCAGCUGGACCCGCGUCUUCGGAAAGUUCCAGAACAUUGAGGUGGGCAGUGACGGCAGGGUCUUCGGGAUCAGUGUCACCAAACAGCUCUACAUGAGGAAGGGAGUCACUGCUGAGAGACCCAUAGGGUGGGGAUGGACCAAGAUACAGAUCGGAAACUUAAGGUUCAACCACGCGUCCUGGGAUCUCGGUAAUCUCUGGCUGGUGAGGAAUGACGGAAAAAUUGUGAAAUGCUCAACAGAAGACAUCGACUGAGCGCAACAGCGCCUCCUGUCAAAAACUGAAGCAACUUUGUGGGCUGGACCUGCUGGACCCCACAGGAGGGGUCAGCCAUUUUGACCACCUUGACAAGUGACAAUAUGUUCGACAACCCUAUCUAGCAAAAAGAACGUAGGACUUAAGUACCUUCUGCUGUCUUGCUUGUAUAUCACAGGGGCUGAGGAGCGUCCAUCAUUUAGGGACAAUUGGACAGGCUGGAGAUCUUUUUAGAAAAGUAAGGAUUCAAAAUGAUGAGAUUGUCCCCCACAAACUCAAGUUCUGAUUCCUUCCGCCCGGAAUUUUCCCUUCCCAACUAUGAGAAUAGGACAUUUUUAUUUUAGAACAGGCUAAGAGGGAAUCAAGAGGAGUUUAUUUAGUUAUAAAAGUACAUUGAAUAUAGAAAAAUGUAACUUCCUCAGUGGGAGUGGUUGUGGGACGAGAUAGUUCCAGGUGCUGUUACGGAUUAAAAUUCAUCACCGAUGGAAUGUGAGGAGAGAGUUUAGGACUUCUUUACUUCGAGUGCAGAGGGGAAACAGUAGAGGCCACAUUGUUGAGGAAAUGAAUUCAGGGGAAAGUGCUGAGUUGUGGGGAAAGGAUUAAUUUGCAACUUCUUGAGCAGUGAGCUGGCACAGAAACGAUGGUCCAUAUUGCCCCUGCCUUCAUGGACUGGUUUGCUUCCGCAUUUAUAUAAUUGUCUUCUGCAAUUUCAGGACGCCCGAAAGAAAUACUUCCCGAAAGAAAUAGCAUUCUCUUUGACCUGUGUCCCUCUGGCGACUGCCCUUGGGAACAAUUUCACCUCAUUGACUCAAUCAAAACCCUUCCCAAUGAUUUUGAACACUUCAGUUCGAAUUCUGCUUGAAGUUUCAGGUUCCCUAUUUCCUAUAUGGGAUUGGAUCACCCCACCGCAUUCUCACAUUCCGGAAGCUCAGCGUGUAUCUGGAGUGACAUGGCUCUCAUUUGGAAUUGCACACUUGCGUGUCCGAGGUUAGGAUGUGAGGCAGCUUCCCAGAGCCCAUUUGGGAGAGGGUCGUUUGUCAGUAAACUUGGAGAGUAGUCAUAACUUCAGAUCCCUCAUCAUGACGCUCCCCCUUUCCCACUUUCCCCUCUUCCUUUGUCUCUCCCACUCUUCUGAUCACCCCUCUCUCCCAAUCUCCUUCUCUCCUCCAGUCUCCUGUCCCCUUUUGUCAUGACAACCCCCUUCCCUCUCUCCAAUCUAUUCUCCCCCCAACUCUCCUAAUUUUGCCCCUUUCCUACUAAUCUCCACUUCUCUCCCCAACACUUGUGUACCCAAACUCCUUCUCUCCCCCAAUAUUCUUUGCUUUCCUCUCUGUUCUGAUCUUCCUUUUCUGCCCUUACCUUCCCUCCUUCUCUCUCUAUCUCUCUCACUCUCUCUCGCAAACUUCCGCCCCUGAUCUCCCCAUCCUUCACUCUCAAUCUCCUCUUCCCCACUGUCUUUGAGAAAUUUCCCAACGAGCUUUGGACAGCACCUUCCAAACCCAUGACCACAUCCAUCUAGGGCAUCAGAUACAUGGGAACACCACCCCACUGCAACUUGCCCUCCAAAUCAUCCCCCAUCCUGACUUGGAAAUAUAUCGCCCUUCUCUCAGUGUUGCUGGGUCAAAAUCCUGGAAUUCCUUCCCAAAGGGCAUUGUGGGCCAACCCAUCGUGCAUGGUUCAGCUGACCACAACCUUCUCAAGGGGGCAACUAGGAGCAGGCAGUUAAUGCAGGGCCAGUUCUAGAAACGCCGCCCGCACAAAUAGGGUUUUGGGCGCAAAAAAUAAACGGGGUAAGUAAAAAUUGGGUAAACACCCUCUAACAGGGUGUUUCAGAUGACAAUCUCACGGAAACUUCCAGAAGAGAAAGCCAUUGGACCCAUCGAGCUUUCACUUGCUCUGAGCUAGCUAGAUCUGAUUAGUUGUGUUAGCAUCCACAGCAUCCAUAACUUCCAGCCUCAAAUCUUUAUCUUCCAGGAAAAGUCUGAAAUCUCUGGUGGGUUGGCCAGGGUGGGUGGCCUCAAACUGGGAGCAUCAGGGCUCUGGGGAAAGUUGGGAUAUUGAGUGAUGGACCUGGAGGAGGUUCAAUGGGUCAGUGCCAGGGAUGGGGAGCCGCAGUCAGAGCUGUGAUUGGGAAUGAUGGAUGGUUCCAAGUCAGGGGACAGAAUAUGAAGAGGGAACAGGGAGAUUUCAGAGAGGCAGAGAGAGAACUCAGCCACUCUGAGGGCAUCUGCGAACCAGAGACUGACAUUCACAGAUGAAAUGAGUCAUUUCUGAUGAAAGGUCUAGGCCCGAAACGUCAGCCUUCCUGCUCCUCUGAUGCUGCUUGGCCUGCUGUGUUCAUCCAGCUCCACACCUUGUUAUCUCAGAAUCUCCAGCAUCCGCAGGUCCUACUAUCUCAGAAUUUGCCUCAUCUGGUUCUUUUCCCUACCCUCGCCAAUUUACGUUCCUCAAGUGACUGACCCUCCUUUAUAGACUUCAGUGUCUCCUUUAUAGACUUCAUCGAAACUUAACAAUUCUGAACACCCAGAUUCAAUUUCGCCCCUAACCUUCCCCGCUUUGAAGGAAACUAUGCCCGACACUCCCAGUGUCUCUCGACAUGGACUGAAGACCCUAAACCCGGGGUCAUCCAAGUAAAUCUGCAACGCACCCUCUCUGCGUUCAGUACAAUUAACAUUAAGGCAUGAACUGCUCAGUGAACUGAGGCAAGGAGAACGAUUAAUUCUUAAUGCUCAGCAAAGGCAGAGAGUGUCAAGAUAUUAUUGAAAUCACGAUAAAACACGAAGCAACGAUGCGUCCAGGUACAAUGAAGAAAUCAUUCUGUCAAUAAAUGCAUUGGGAGUUAAUCACUUUUCAUGGUAUUUCAGCUGCAUCACUAUACAGCAUGGGGUUAGAUACAGAGUAAAGCUCCCUCUACACUGUCUCACAUCAAACACUCCCAGGACAGGGACAGCACGGGGUUAGAUACAGAGUAAAGCUCCCUCUACACUGUCUCACAUCAAACAUUCCCAGGACAGGGACAGCACAGGGUUAGAUACAGAGUAAAGCUCCCUCUACACUGUCUCACAUCAAACAUUCCCAGGACAGGGAAAGCAUGGGGUUAGACACAGAGUAAUGCUUCCUCUACACUGCCCCCCCCCCCCCAUCCAUCGAACACUCCUAAGACAGGUACAGCACGGGGUUAGAUGCAGAAUAAAGCUUCCUGUACACCAUCCCCCCAUCAAACACUCUCAGGACAGGGACAGCACGGGGUUGGGUGCAGAGUAAAGCUCUCUCUACACUUCCCCCAUCGAACACCCCCAGGCUUUUGCUGAGAUCUUUAACAUUUCCUUGCUACAAAUCCCGCACCUGUUUGAUGAAGACCAGCACCAUCCCGAUAGCAGAGAAAACACAUGCAGCAUGCAUCAACAAUAUGUGCGCAGCGGCUCUGACCUGCGGAGUCAUGAAGUGCUUUGAGAGUCUAGCCAUGGCCUAAACCAACUGCAACUUCCCAGCCUGAAUCCCCUGCCAUUUGCCUACCAGCGAAUCAGCUCCACAGCGGACACCGUUCCCUCGCCCUGUGCUCAUUCCUGGAACAUCUGGAUCACCCACAUCUGGAUCCUGCUCAGAGGCAACAGCUCCACUCUCAACGCUAUAAUCCCUGUGCGCCUCAUCUGAAAUCUCUCGGCUCUGCCCUCUGCCGCUGGAUCCUCCGCUUCCCGACGCACAAUCCAUCCCUCCUCCGCAGUGACCGUCAGCAUUGGAGUACCCCCCCCCAACCAAUGUAUGCAUUUUCAGCCACCUACUGUACUCCCACGUCUGUGUGGCCAAAUCCUGAAUGAACGCCAUCUGCAUUUUUGCCGACGACAACACUGUGGAUAUCUAAUGACGACCAAUCAGCAUACAAGAUGGCGAUAGGGGGCUUGGUGUCUUGGUGCAAUGAGAACCAUCUGUCUCUCAAUAUCGUCAACACUAAAGAACUGAUCAUCAGCUUCAGGAAGAAAGGAGGAGAUCACGCUCCCAUCUUUGAUGGAACUGAGGGCCCGUCCUGUACUCCCCAUACGGCUGUGACAGUCAGGAAGGCACAACAAUGCCUCUUCUUUCUCAGGCGGCUCAGGAAAGGUCCAUAAGGUCCCUCACCAACUUCUACAGAAGCACCAUAGAAAGCGUACUGUCCAGGUACAUUACGGCAUGGUACGGCAACUGCUCUGCCCAGGACCGUAAGAAACUACAGAAGGUGCACAGCCCAGACCAUCAUGGAAACCAGCCUCCCAUCCACGGACUCCACUUUACACCUCUCGCAGCCGCAGAAAGGCAGCCAACGUUAUCAUCAAAGACCCAUCACAUCCCAAUUAUGACCUCCUCGACCCCUUCCACCAGGCAGAGCAUGCAGAAGCCUGAACACACGCACCAGCAGGUUCAGGAACACAGCAGGCCAAACAGCAUCAUAGGAGAAGGAAGGCUGACAUUUCGGGCCUAGACCCUUUCUGAUGAAGAGUCUAAGCCUGAAUCGUCAGCUUUCCUGCUCCUCUGAUGCUGCUUGGCCUGCUGUGUUCAUCCGGCUCCACACCUUGUUAUCUCGGAUUCUCCAGCAUCUGCAGUCCCUACUAUUUCUGGGUCAGAAACAGCUGCUUUCUGGCCAUUAUCAGACUGAUGAACGGACCUCUUUAAUUUCAAAUCGAAUGCUUAUCUCGCUUUGUGCACCCCCUGUGCAGUGUAACCUUGUAUGCAUCACUCUGUUUAAUCAUCUUAUUAUGUGUGUGUCCCUGUUGGUUAAUGAUCUGCCUGCUCCGUUCGCAAAACCAAGCUUUUCACUGGACUUCGG